AGAGUGAGUGACCCUAUCAUACUUUGGCAUCAGUACCAUCAUCACAUGAGUGCCUCGUGUCCUGCGCAGUGGGUGCCAAUGGAUGCCAAAAGCAAGAUCAAGAUGUAAACACACAGGUGCCAGGGCUGCCAUAAGCUGCCAGGGGUCGCUUGCCCCCCGCUGGGAACAGGAAGCAUAACACUCUUUUCCCACCUGUACUCAGGCCUAAUUAUCGCUCCUAUUAGCGCCACCUGCCUUAUCUGGUUAUCAAUACACCAAGAUCUACAGUGCGUAGUGACAUUUUGGCUUGGUUUUGGGGAGAAGUGCUGGUGAAGUGACGUGUGAGGUUCGUCUAGUCAUCAGCUGGACCCGAAGAUUCACCACGAAGCCUCACCACGAAGCCUCACCAACUCUUGCCCUUAUUAACCCCCCUACGCUACUCAUCCACCAAUACACCACCAGCUGUUGUGUUUAGUGCUGUUUUGGGCUUGUUUUGGGCGAGGUGCUGGUGUGUUGAUGUGAGCCUCGCCCACACCACACACUCAGCUGUUCUGCCCCCAUAGCACUCUCCUCUCCCAGCCCCUGACCUCACCCACGCCUCGCAGCCCCUCAGGUCCUCGCCUCGCCCACCCCAGGAACCCCAAGAUGCAGUGGAAGCUUCCUGCCUCCGCAGCUGUUGUAGUGUGAUCUCAGGCUGACGCUGGCCGUAACGGUAAACAAACGUUCGACAUAAGGAAAAGCACGCCAAACGUUCAUCUGGCACCUAGGAACUGGUCUCAUAAGUGCUUCAGGCUGGGGGGCUGCCGAGACCCCCCCUCAGGAGAGAUGUCUUUACCACCCCCCUGCCAUCACUCUUAUUGCAACACCUGUACACUGUGAGGCUAAGGCAGAGGCCCAGAGUAGUCCUAAUGUCACGAUCACUAAGCCCCGAGGACCGGCGGGAGCUGGGCCGCCUCACCAAGAUCCUGACGCAGAAGGUGGUGCAGGUGGUGGUGCAGAGCCGGCUUGGGGAGAAAGCACACACCAGGUCCAAGUCACCAGUGCAGGGGUCAGAUUGGUUCAACCUUGGCAUUGAGGACAUAGGGGAAAUACAGCAGGAGACCAAGAAGGGACUCGGGGGACACCUUCCGGAAAAGGGCAAACCGCUGGUAGUGGAGAUUAUGCUUAGGACACCCACUCUGGAUAGUCUAGUGCUGGAACUUUGGACACUGACUGUGCUGGACGCCUGUGACACUUCCCCAGCACGCAUCAACCCUACCAUAUACAAUAGGAUGACGGUACUGCUCAAGUCCCUCCUCUCCGUGACACGCAUCACUCCCGCCUACAAGCUUGCAUUCCGUCAGGGCCCCGACUCCUUCAUCAUCUGCUACAGAGUGUACCUCGGAGACCCGGACUAUGAGUGUCUCGGGGAGAAUUCAGUUCAGGCUCGGCUAGGUCAGGUCACCACACCAGAGUCGACGCUGCUGCUGUGUGUGUCAUACCGCACCCAAAUCACCCUGGCACCGCCCGUCCGGAGCCCCGUGCACGACCCCAUCAUGCUGAAGAGCGACCACUUCAAGCCAGAGAUCUCCCCAAGGCACUGCAGAAGGGCCGCUGAUCGGGGAACAGACAGCUCUGAGGCAACACAGACCUCAGACGAGAGCCAAGAUGCAUGUCGGCUCUUCACCACCUCUCCUCCCGACCACCCGUCAACCCCACGCUCCAGAACCAGCAGGUGGGUGGCUCAGCCUGACCACACUGCCCUAGUUGAGAGCAGCUGCCGAGGACAUUCACAGCAGCAGCCGGAACGCAAGAUAUCAGUGGCCUUUGUGGACGCCAAACCUCCCAAGCCUGAUGAUUUCUUCCUCCCGGACAUCCCAUUUUCUAAUCUGCUCACCUCAACUGUGGAGGUGCAGGGAAAGGGGGAGAGGGAGGCUGCAGCACCUCAGACACAGGAGAAGGGUGCAGGUGGAGUAGCCACAGUGGAGGGAGGGGAGAAGGUGGCCAUGACAGGCUCGGACGGUUCGCACAAAUCCACCGCCUCAGCUCAACUCAAGGAGGAAGCGGACUUUGUUAUGGUGGAGUUGAAAACUCCCUUCGCUGGAAUGCAGGAUGCUGGAAAUGACCUUGGUACCUUUUACCGUGAGUGCCAGAAUGCUCCACAGCUGCGCAUGUUUGCCGACACACCCGAGGACGAGAUAAGCGACUUGACCGAGCAGCUUUUGACCUUUGAGGGAUACGUGGAUGACUACAACGAGCUGGUGCGUUCCUUACACUCUGAAGAAAGCCCAGGCAGCUCUCAGUGAUCCCCUGGGAAGAGUCAUCACUGCUCGUCCUCUCACUCUCCUGUUGUAGCCUUGUGUUUAGUUCAGUGAGACAGCUAAUGAUUUGUGUUCAGACUCCAAAGAAAUGGUACUGCUGUAUGUGUUCUCUUGUGCUCAUGUUGUCUUUUCACUGCACAAGGAAAGAAUUUUAGUGAUUGGUUGCACUGUGCUUGUCUCCUGUUGCACCAGAGAGAGUGAGUGUGAGUCAGGAGCCACAAGUCAAGGCUUAAAAAUUGCCUUUUAAUUUUCUUUUCUGGCUGUAUUAAGUUUACAGGUAAAUAAGUUUUGUGUAGCAAAGUCCAAACUGAGUGUUCCUGAGAAGGGCAUAGUGUGUGUGUGUGUGUGUGUGUGUGUGUGUGUGUGUGUGUGUGUGUGUGUGUGUGUGUGUGAUUCACCUCGGUCACCUGCUGGUCACCCAGCUAGUCUUUCCCCAU